UAAAGGAUAAGGAGGUAGCUCAGGAUAAAAGUAGAGGGAAGGGAACUAUUGGGAGACUGUGCAAAGCCAUUACAACUAAAUAACACUUGAACAAAUUCAGGAUAAGGAUUAGGGGAUUGGGAUUCUGAGAAGGAAUGGUACCCAACCACUUGAACGGUCGGGGAUUGAACGCCGACCUGCAUGAAAUGAGACUGUCGCUCUGAAUCAUUGCAUGACUAGUUGCUCUUGACAUAAAAGAAAUAGGAAACGAACACACUACUGUAUACUACCACACUUAUAUGACAGAGUUCUGAGAAGACGGGACACCACGAGUGUAGCUCUCAUUGUGUAACUACACUUAUGUAAGUACACUUUACGCAGUCUAGAGUGGCAGGUUGACUGAAGGAGGAAGAUAGUUAAGUUGAUGCCAAAUUGCACCUGGAAAGGCUUUUAGGUUUAUGCAAUGCAUUUUUCUGUGUACAGUCUGGGUUGGGUUAUAUACUCCAUUUUCUCCAUGGCACCAAUAUGGUCUAAUGGGAGCUGUUUUAAAAGUUCUCUGCUGCAUCAGUACUGAAUGUUGACUUGUCCUAAUUGCAGCAGAUUCUGACAAAAGAUCAGAAGAAUCUUACUUUAGGAAGUUACCAAAUGGAAUAACUUGGAGAAACUGUUAAGAAAUGACUCCUGAUUGACAAUGUACGAAGUAAAUUGUUCUUCGUGUACUAUAUGAAGCUCUCUUAGUUGGACUGUAUCACAUUUGUAAACACUGGGUGGUCUGCUGUCCUCCCUGGAGCAGGCCCGUGUGCAGCUGGACAGUGAUGAAGAUGACUUUGGAUUCCUUGCAGACCUGCUCAAGUCUCGAGAAUUACAAGCACUUGUUCAUGUACAUAAUAAGAUCAACCUCACCAAGAAGGCGUGUCAGCCGCUUAUGUCUAAUGCAGAAGACAUUGCCAUCUCCAUCAUGAGGGAGAUUCACUAUCGCACCAUUCCUACAGCUGAUGCCAUUGAACUUUUUGCCAUCUUACAGUCGCCCCAUCUGCAAGGAGUUCUUCAAGCUCAUGAUAGCAUUGCAGCGAAGGAUUUUGCACCACAUUUGCCAGAAAUUCCAGUGGAGGUUGAUGAAGAUGAAGAAACUGUAAAAAUUGUACAACUGGUGAAGAGCAAUGAACCAAUGGAAGGGAAAGGAGCUGAACCGAUUGUGGGAGCUACCAUCAAGCAGGAUGACCGGACAGGGGCCAUAGUGAUUGCUCGCAUUAUGCACGGAGGUGCUGCAGACCGAUCUGGUCUGAUACAUGUUGGAGACGAGGUGCAAGAAGUCAAUAAUUUAAAUGUUAUUGGCAAAACUCCGGGUGAUGUACUUAAGAUACUUAUGCAAGCAGAAGGUACUAUUACCUUUAAGCUUCUUCCUGCCGGUAGUUCAGCUCAUUUACGGGAGAGUAAAGUUCGAGUUCGUGCCUACUUUGACUAUGACCCUAAAGAGGAUAAACACAUUCCCUGUAAGGAGGCUGGACUGGCAUUCAUGAAACACGAUAUCCUUCAUAUUGUCACACAGGAUGACCCAUAUUGGUGGCAAGCCAGAAGAGAAGGAGAUCGCAACAUGCGUGCAGGUCUGAUUCCUUCACGACAGCUCCAAGAGAGACGUAUCUUGACACACAGACAGGACCAGACAGCAAAUGGACAAAUUGCAGGGAACAUAAUUCCCAAGUCACCAAGCUGCAAGCCUUCACCAAAGGUUAAGAAAAUCAUUUAUGAUGCUUCUGAAAGUGAGGAUUUUGAUCGUGAAGAAGUGGCAACAUACGAAGAAGUGGCACGUCUGUAUCCUCGACCUGGUCUUCCUCGACCAAUUGUUUUGAUUGGUCCACCAGGAGUUGGGAGAAAUGAACUGAAGCGAAGAUUGAUUUCCAUUGAUACAGAUAAAUUCCGGACACCCAUUCCUAUGACAUCCCGACCACCACGACUUGGUGAAGUAAAUAACCGGGACUACCAGUUUGUGACCCGAGAAGAGCUGGACGAGGAAGCUAAUGCAGGGACAUUAGUUGAACACGGAGAAUUCAAGGGUCAUUUAUACGGUACCUCAUCUGUCACCCUUAAGUCUCUCAUUAAUGCUGGCUAUGUAGUGGUGGUUACCCCACACUAUCAGGCCCUUAAGUACCUGAGAACUGCAGAGUUCAAACCGUACGUGAUAUACAUCAAGCCUCCAACACUGGCUGUGCUCAAAGAAACAAGACAGGCAGCUCAUGCUCGCUCAACUUUCGAUGAAAAUAAUUCCAGAGGCUUCACUGAAGAUGAAUUUAAGGAUAUGCUGAAGGCAGCUGCAAGAAUUGAAUUUCACUAUUCACACUGGUUUGAUGAAGUUAUUGUUAAUGAUGAGCUGUCCUCCGCCUUUGAACGUUUAGUUGCUGCUGUAAAUAAAGUGGAAUCGGAACCUCUCUGGGUGCCUGCAUCAUGGGUGCAAUAAUUGUGGUCAGAUUACAUGGGUAGUGCAGCAAUAAGAUUUGUUCUUCAUGCAUUACCUAUAUAUUUAAGUAGGUCAGUGACAAACAACCGCUUUGUGACUUAUCACAUCAAGAUGCAAUCUUGCCAACACACCUGUCUUUAAUUUUGGUUGGUGCCUUUCUUUUUCUGAAGGAGUUAAGAGAGAAUUGAGAAUGCCUAUAUUCAUUGUUGCUCUUCAAUAGCUAGAUCAUGUUAAAGACAAAGUGUUGGUAUUUCUAUGGGUAGUUUCCCAGUCCAGUUUUCCUGUAAGAUCAAAAUCCAUUAUCAAGAAAUGCUGUUUCUUGUAACCAUUGUCAUAUUUAUAUGCUAAUGUUUAUACCUAAAUGGUCCACUUCAAUAUUAACAGGUACAGCUGAGCAUGGAGAAAGUGUUCAAUGUGCAGCAAUAUGUGAACUGCACUAUUUAAUCUUUUAAUAUACAACUGCAAAGCUUAGUUAAUAAAAGAUCAUUAACAUGAGAUGGACCAUAUGAUAGAAAAUUUGGCAUUAUAGCUAUAAUGGGUGUCAGGAGUAAAUGACACCCUCUGGGUCCCACUUCUGUUGUUUCAUAAGUCUUGCCAUGAUGUGGAAGUUAGUGUAAGUACAGUAUACCAAAUACUUGCUACCAAGCUAUCAACAUCUCUACAACAGCAGAAAGAGAAGUAAUCAAGGCCAUUUUUUCUAACUUUACUCUAUGCCUCUCUCCCAGUAUAUCAGUUCCCAGGAUCUGUUUCAGUGGACUCCACUCCCCCAUCUCCAAUAUCUCUUGUGCCUCGUACCUACUUAAUAUUACUGACUUGUAGAGGUGUGCAUGUAAUCCUGUAAGUGAUGAGUUGUUUCAGUUCAAAGCAUGUUGAACUUAAUCUUCUGCUGCCAUUAUUAUUUAUUAUAAUUAUUAAUGUCAUCAUCAACAUAUUGUACUAAUAGAUAUUUAUUAACAUUAUCACUAGAUACCUCAUCCCAUUAAAACAUUUUUCAUCCCUGCCAUGCUGAUAACUUGUUAACGAAUCUCAUGUACAAGUGAGAAGAUGUUUGUAUCGUGUGCGUGAUGGUGUAGCGAGAGGGAUGUCGUCAUUCAUUUUGAAGUGUACAAAAGCUCAUGUUGUACAUUGUUAUUUUAUGGUGUGAAAGUUGUAUGAUCUGGCCUUAGGUAAGACUAUAACAAACUACUUGUGGAGUAUUUGAGAUUAGUCACUGGCAGUUCUUAAUCCCAUUAACUUUUAUAUUGAUCCUAAACCAGAUUAGAGUGUGAUAGUCGUUUUCAGGAAUCGAGACAGUUGUAGAGACUGGUUUCAAAAUAUUACAAACAAGCUGGCAAUACUUGUUAAAUGCAUCCAUCUAGUCUUGUGUGGAGGGUGCUCCAGCCUUGGUGCAGGAAUGUUGAGUGUCCUCCAGACUAUUCAGUGGCAAUAUUUGUGUUGUGUUUGCUGAUCAACAUUACCAGAUGUUUGGAUCAAUAUUAGGUAGUUACUUAUGUGCUUUUCCAUUGGUUGAAAGGAAAUGUAGCAAGUAACUGAUUGAUUUUGCGUACAUUCCUUAAUGAUAAGUAUUGUAUAUGUAGACCUAUAUUUUUAGUACCUCUUUUUAAGAUAAACAUGAAUUCUUAUUUAUAAUGUUAUCAAAACCUAAUUGUUGUACAGCUGUUUACACACAGUAGCAGCUUGGAGGAAACUGACAAUUUAUUUAUGUGAAUGUUUCCUAUAAAGCUACCAGUUUAGUAUAAUAAGUUUUAAAAAGUGAGAUAUGUUUUUGUUUUUUGUAAAAGCUGGCCACAUGAGGGUCACACAAAUCAUAUAGUAUAAAAACCUUGCAAGUUACUAACAAAACUCUAAAAAUGUUGCUAAUAUUGUUAGGUGACUGCUUGUUUAAUAGCACAAAGUGUGGAAACAAGGUGACUUCUUUCUGAAUGGAUUGGCAUGCUGAACAGAUUUAUAAUCAACAGUUUCUUUGUAAAUGUUUCAGUGUGCGUUGUGUGGUGACCUCAAAAACUGUAUAUAUAUAUUCCAGAAACAGGAAACACACAAGUCUUGACGGCUGAGUAAAUAAUGUGAUGCUGGGAAAUUUUAAGUGGAUGUGUACGAUUAGAUUAACAACCAGUGGAGGUAUGUACGAUUAUCAUUGGCUUAUAUCUAUAGCCAAUAAACACGGAAUGUGGUUAAUGCGGAAACCAGGAAAUCAUGUGUAGUUUGUCUUGUUCGUAAUAGGAUAUAGAUGUGUAAACAGGGUAAUCACAGUGACUGUUUUAUUUCUGGGUUGGGGCUUAGGAAUUUUGCCAAAACUUUUGACUUGACCAGUUCUUCCACCUUCAAUGUAGAUGUUUUUUCAAUUUUUUUUAUCGUUUUAACCUGUAUUUAUAAUCACAUGUAGAUUUUUCAUGCAGUUGAUAAACAUUCUGAAUUAAUUUGUUCUAAGUUAAUAGGCUGCCUGAUAUAAUUUAUCCCCAAUUAAUGGGUUUUACAAUAUAGUUUUUCUCCCAAUCGAUGGAAUGACUGACCUAAUUUGUCCCUUACUGAUAGGCUGUUUGAUAUAAGUUCUCCCAAGUUAAUAGGCUGUCUUGAUAAAAUUUAUGCCUAAACAUCUGUUGAAAGGCUGUCUGGUAUUACUUGUUCCCUGAAAUAUUUUACAUAUUUUUAAGUUUAGAAUUAAUGCAGUUUAAAGUACCUAAAUGUUUCAUAAUCAUUCCAAAAUAAUUGUAUUUUGUUUUACAAUUUGUAUAAUCAAGUUGCGCUGACCCACAGGUUAUUAAACGUUCUCAUGCUAUUAAACGAUUAACCUCUUUGUUAUAAGCAGGUAGAGUGCCAUUGGUGAAUGGUAUGACAUGUGUGAGCGGCAGGUGUUUGAUGAGCACAGUGCUAGGGCAAAUUCAAUGUUAUUAAUAUUAUAGCAAGAAACAGGGAAUGUAUAUGGAUAUCCGUAUAUCUUCUCAAGGGCAAAUUAUUACUUUCUUUAUAUUUAUUAUGACAUGGAUAUUUGCCGCAGAUUUUGUAACUGUUUUUGUCUAAAUUGUAUGCCUGUAGUUUACGGAUAAAUUUGACGAAAUUAAACUAAAUUUUAAUGGGCACCUGCACUGAAUUUGUUAUAUACAGUAUAUAAACAAUACAGUAUUAUCUUAUUACAUAACAGUUCAAAUCUUCAGGUUUUUGCACAAGUUGCCCACUCAUUGUUGAGAUAUGGCUUUCUGAACUUUGCAUUUUAUACCCGUCUUAAAAACUAUAGCUCUGGCUGAUCACUGACACGUUCUUCAAUGUUAAUUUUGUGAAUUUAGUAAUAUAUUAAUUCAAGCCAAAAUGAUAGUGGCAAAGUUGUAUUCCCAACAUAGUGCCUAUAUUGAAGAAAUGUAUUUAUAUCUUUGAUGGAACAAUUAAGGGUAAUGAUGAUUGUGUUUCUGGAAUGUAGCUUCAUCAGUUUGAGCCAGAAGGUGAAAAGGCCUGAUGAGCCACAUCGAAGCCUGAUUGCUAACUUAACAGUGACUAGUACACAUUCACACGGGAUCCUUCUAUAUCUCUAUGGCUUUCUUUCCCUCAUCAACUUCCCUAUUAAGACAGUGACACUAGUAUAGCCUGCAGGCAGGCAGCCCCUUUUCAACAUGUUCCUCUAGCCCGAUUAAUUUAAUUUAUACCCACAUGGGGCUUUUCCUAUAUUUCCUCAAUGUCCCUUUCUUUGAAACAAUUUACCUAUCAGCCACUCUUGACAAAUUUUGCUCUUGCUAUUCCUUACUUCAUCAUCCUUUUCAUAUGUUCAAACUAUCAUAUUUGUCAUCUCCCACUCAUUUACCCUCUUACUCAUGUCUCUGCCGUCUGCAUCUUCAUUCCACAUGAACAAAGUGACCUUGCUGGAAACCAAGUACCCAAAUGAGCCAAAGGAAUUGUAGAAAGAACUUUUUAGCAUUAGAGUAGUAAAUUAAAUAAAGUGGAGGAGACUGACUUGAUAAUGUUUAUUCAAAAGAAUGUGUGUACAAAGAAUAUAAGAAUAAUGUACAAUUGUAGAAACAGGAGUUACACAUACUAAUGAAUCCAUUAUUAUGCAAAGUGUUUUGGACAAAACAUAAAAUAAAUAGACAAAGCCAAUUUAACUCGAGAUGUAAGGGGUUAAAAUGCCUAAUACUAAAUGAGAAGUAAGUUAGCAAAAUGAGAACAUUCAUGGAAAAUAACAAAUGAAUGCAAAAAAUGUGAUUCUUGAGGAUGACAGGCAUAGACUUUUAUAAUAUGGAGUCAGUAUACUGAUGUAGCAAAAGUAUAAUAGUUUAUUUACAUUAAUAACAAAAUUGAAAUAAAAGGUGUAGUUUAGAACCUCAUAAAUGGAUUAUCCUGAAUUAUGAACAAAUCCACAAGGGCCGUGAUGAGGGUUUGAACUUACGACCGGGAUGAUCCCAGACGCUGCCUUAGUCGACCAGGCCACGACAUGGUAAAAGAAUUGUAACCGGGAGUUCCACUGACUCUCACAGAUCCUGCAGCCACUCCGAGACACAAAUGAAUGUGAGGUCAGUGGAACUCCCGGUUGCAAUUCUUUUACCAUGUCGUGGCCUAGUCGACUAAGGCAGCGUUUGGAAUCAUCCCGGGCGUAAGUUUGAACCCUCAUCACGGCCCUUGUGGAUUUGUUCAUUUGAUGCGUCACGCUAUUGUGAUUUCUGUGUGUUUUCUGAAUUAUAUUUAGGAACUUGUGAGUAUUCUGUAAUACAGACAGUGCUACACUGUAUACCUUAGCAAUUACUGUUGAUGCUGCUCUUGCCUGGCCUAGCCUUUACUUCUGAUGCUCUCAGCAUUCCUUUAAAGUGAGAUAGGAUACCACUUUCUCUGAUUCUUUUCAACAAUAUGAAGGUAUUCCCAAGGAAGUGUUCUGAUCAUUAUUUGCUUAUCCUAGUUGCCCUUAAUGGUCUUCUUCCUUUCCCUCUGGCAUUUUCUCAGCCCUUUAUGUUGGUGAUCUCAGUCUGUUGUCGUGGGGAUGACUGCUUUUUCCAAUGCCAGGUCCAACUUGCGAUUGGUGCUGUCAUCCGGGGCUAAUACUCACAGCUUCAAGUUCUUCACAUCUAAGACUUGUGCUCUGACCUUUACUCAGAAGCAGGUUAUUCUCUGUCCUCCAUUGUCAACCUAUGGUAAUCCCCUUCUGUAUAAAGAUUCUACUAAACUUCUGGGUUUGAUCUUUGACACUCGUUUGUCUUGGUCACCUAUAUGUCUCACCUCAUAGUUGAACACUCUAAGACCCGUAUCAUACUUAGUCUUGUCCCGUACUUCCUUGGGAGCCAAUACUCUCUCACUCCUCUAUUUGCCCUCCUCUGUUGUGCUGUUUAAACUUGAUUAUGACUACCCUGCUUACUCCUCUGCCUCUCCUUUGAUCUUCCAUCAUCUUGAUGCUUGAACCAUACUGUACUUGGUUGUGUCUUAGCUCUGGUACCUUUUGUUUGUUCCUACCCAGAGCUUGUAUGUUGAAACUGGUGGGGUCCCUUGAGUGUUUCAAAUGUGAGUUGGACAUGUAUUUGAGUGGGAUUGGGUGGUUGUAAAUAGGACCUGCCUCGUAUUAGCCAAUAGGCACACUGCAGUUACCUUUAUUCUUAUGUUCUUAUGUUACUGCCUUUGCUACCUCACACGGUUCCUGCAACAUCCACAUUCUCGCUUAUGUCGAGUUUUAGCUGUUAAUACUCAAGUGGGCCCUGUUCCCUUUCAUCACCAUCUUUUUUCCGUAAGGCUGUCUCACUUGUAAGAUUCCCUCUUGGUUCAUGUUUGCAAUCUCUCUCUCCAUAUUAUUCCAUCCUUGCCCCCAUGGAGGAUUCCACUUGCAAAGUUUUGUAAGACCCUGACCCCACAUGGUAAAGGCUUGUACCCCUCAUAUGGUUAUAAAAAGCCUGUUCCUUAAGCACUUUUCUUUGCAUUCACACUCCAUUGCUCUAUUCACAGAUGGAUCUAAGUUGGCCAAUGGUGUUGACUACUGUACUUCGUUGUCUUUCCUUACAUACAUACACAAACUUGUAUGUGCCACCUUUUCCCCAGAGACUAGCAUCUUCAUGGCUGAACUGUGCAUUUUUGUGUGACUUGCAGUGCUCUCAUGGCUCUGGAGUCAUUUAAUCAUAUGCAUCCUGUGGUGGUCAAAAUCGAAUAUUAACUGUUUCUCAUCUCCAGCAAAUUUAAGACAGUCAAGUUCUGCUGGGUUCCCAGCUAUAUUGGUAUUACCGUACCUUGAAGAAACAUGCAGACACUACCACUAAGGAGGCUAUCUGCACUUUUCCUUUUACCCAAAAAAGGUAUUCCUUAUUGAGAUUUAUACACUCAGUCAUUCCUCAAUCUGAGACCAUUGGCAGGGUCAUUGGUCAAGUGUUACAGGUACCAACUGUGCACUCUUAAAGGAAACCUAUCCCUCUCUGCCCUUCCUCCUACAAUAGUAAUAGGCAUUGGGAGAUGGCCCUGGCUAGGUUAUGUAUUGGCCGUGUGCACUUAACUCUCAGCAACUUAAUGGAACACUGCCUUGUUUCUUAUUGUCCAAACUGCUUGCCUUCUUACAGUCGUGCACCUCCAUGCAGAAUGUCCUGAUUUUUAGGACAUUCAUAUAUCUUGCUGUCUCUCGGUCAUUUCUCUCUCAAUAGAAUCCUUAAUGAAUUUGACACCUUCAAUAUCGUUCACCUUAUGUGCUUUUCUCAUAAUGGCAUCUUCAGUGAUAUUUAAUACCUUUUGAAUAUUCUGUGACACUGAUGGUGCUACAUAGUCUUUCCUGCUUGGUGCUUUCUUUUUUAUAAUUUCUUUCUAUGCUUUUUUUUCAUACCUGAAUCUAAAUGUAAAUAUUACAGAAAAUGAUGGUUUCAAGACUGUACACAAGUUGAUUGAAGGUUGAGAAAUGGGGGGGCUAGAACACACCAGAAGUUGGAGACGAUAACGUUUCGGUUCGUCCUGGAUCAUUAUCAAGUCGAUUAUCAAGUUGAGAAUCGACUUGAUAAUGGUCCAGGAUGGACCAAAACGUUGUUGUCUUCCCCAUCUACUGGUAUGUAGUUUGGUCAUCAUACCUUCAACUGUUAUUGUGACUUAAUUUCUGCCGGAGGACUCGAAGUUAUAGCUUCAAAUGAAAAAAGGUGAAGAUACUGAAAAAAUACUGUAUUUUUUUUUUUGGGGGGGGGGAGAUGGGAGGAGCAACUAAAUAGUGGAUGAAAUAAAAUGAUUUAAAGUGAAUUAAGAAACAAAAUAGACAUAAUUACAGUAACAUAUAUAUAAAUAAAUUUCUAUCGAGUGAAGAAAGUAGCAAAGUAUGAAGACAAAGUAGGAAACAGAAGAAUACAGACAGCCCAGCUGUCACAUAAGCAGCAAAACCUCGAGCAUAGAGCAUAGACAGGUAUUGUGUGAUCUGACUUGGCUGAGACAGUGUGGAGUCUAAUGCUGCAGCAGUGGAGACCUCCAUAUCAGGGUUUGCUUGCUAGUAGGGAAGCAACGAGAAGGGUUGAUAUAAAUGGAGUGUUUCUUCGUUUGUUCAAACUUCCAAGCAGCUGGAAUAAGUGAUAAAUCAAGUGAAAUUUUGGCCAGGAAGAGAGUGGGGAGGGUACAGGAAAAAAUUACCAGGGAGUUAAAAAAUGUUAGGUGUGAAUAGGACGAACUAUCUAGGGAAGGGAAGGGAACUAUCAGGAGAAAUUGCCAAGCCAUUAUGACUACUGUACAUAGCACAGGGAAGGGGUCGGGAUAAGGAUUUGGGAUGGGACAGGAGAAAAGAAUGGUGCCCAAUCACUUGGACGGUUGGGGAUUGAAUGCCGAACUGCAUGAAGCGAGACCGUCGCUCUACCGUCCAGCUCAACAUAAAGAUAAAAUUGUACAAGGAUAUUUCUAAUAAUUCCAAAAUGAUCAAAACCAUAUCCAGUGAUUGGGAUCACAGGACUUGAAUGUUAACCAGAGAUAUUAAUCCUAAAACAUGGCAUCCAAGAAGAAUUUAUCAAAGGGAAAGGGGCAAGUGAAUAAUACAGUACGCAUAAGACAGCAGAUAGUAAGAGAGAAAUGUGAAAAUUAGACAAACUUUCAGGCAAGCUGGAAUAGGAGAGGUAGAAUGGCAAAGCCUCAAUGGGCACUGAAGCUGACAAAAAUUUACUUAAAGAAUCAAACUCAUAUUUUCAUAAUUCAUCCUGCAGAUGGGUAACAAACAUUUCCUGGGUAUAAAAGAAGCAUAAUACAUCUGCCAAUCACACAAAGGCUUUGUGGUCAGCCAAGACCAAUCACCAGAGGCAAACAGGAAUACUGGACAUGGUGCUGCCAAGAACCCACAUCAAAACAUGGCAUUGACGAACACACAGAUUGAGGAGAUGACCUUGCUCUAAUGUCUGCAGCCAACAAAAGAAGUGACUUUCUCAGAGAGAACAAGCCCUCUUUCCCAGAGAGAACAAAGAGUUGUCUUGUGUGCCAGGAAGAUGUAUGGAUUUAAUACCGCAACUAGGAAGUGGCAGCUGACCAAAAUUCAUAAGAAAUAAAAUUCAAAGGUGUGUUUCUUGCCUGUACUCAGCAAUAAUACCAAAUCUUGCUUAGUUUGUGAGGAAUCUAAACAGCUGGGAAAACUGUGUUCCAUCAAACUGAGUUCUAGUAACACAUGUGGCAGAACUGAGUAACAUUCAAAGAGGCGCCUCUAUCCCCCAGAGUUUGGGCGAAAGGAACCAACAACACGGCAGGGAGCAUAAUUGGCACCUCCAGUUGAACCUUCUCUUGCUCUUUUAAUCCAGCCUUUGCUGGCCUCUGAGGGCUGGAAGCCAGAUAAGAAGUGGGCUUGUGACCACAAAAGUCUGCCAGCUGAAUCAGGAGCUCUAGUAAGAGGUUGAAAUUUGACAUUCACAGAAUGUCAAAUUACAGAACCAGCCAGUCGCUGCAAAAGCUUGGUGUGUUGUGCAAGCCCAUGAUCGUACCACACCAGGUAAGCCACUGCCUAAGAAGGUGAUUCCAAAUACAGUAGUCCUUAUAACUGCAAAUAUCACACACAAGGAGGGGGGGAAGGAAAUAUCACACACCAGAAGCACCACUCCUCACCCAGCAGGAGUGGUGCUGGAAGCAGCAGGACUGAUCAAUGUAAUAAAACACUAUUGUACAUCCUGGAAAACAGCACACACCAGCAUCAGGCUCUGAACUGGGCAGGUAAUCCAUCGUGAUCCUGCCAGCAGAGAAAACAAGGUAACAAAGUAAUUCAUGAUCAAGGAUUAGUGAAUCACUGCUAUUCAAUAUUAGUAAUUUCCUGCUAGUCAGUAUUUCAUUUAGGAAAACCCAGGUGCUAGAGUAGAUGUAUGUGCUGUACUAACGUAAAUGAGAAAGGAUGUAUGAUGCCAAGGACAGCUUAGAAAAGUUCAUUCAACGUCUCAAAUGCAACAUCCUGCAAACGGUACUGAACUUCUCUCCCUCCCCAAGUUGGAGAAAGUGACACUCCCCCUCCAGAGCCUUGCUACAACACAGGUCCAACUCGUAAAGAGUCUUCCCAAAGGAGGAACUGAAAACCUCAAAACAGAUAAAUAAUGAAAAAGUUAUCAUCUAGAGCACCAGAAAUAAUGGUUUUGGAACAAAGCUAAAUUGAAAUUAAGCAUUGAAAGCAUGGAACUCUUAUGUAGGACACAAAUGUCCAGAAAUUGGCCAGUUAAUUUAGCUUAUAGAAGUGAUGAGGCCAGCAGCUUCAUGUGCAGUCAUAAGUGUGCCAGGAGAAAAACAUUGAUUUCUUUCCCCUGACCCAUAGGUAACCCUGUGCCAACCCUGUGGUUACUGUUAAGGUCAGAUUAGUUUGAAUUAAGUAGUUCAGAGAACUGUUUGCCAAUUCUAUGUUUCUAAAUUUAUUUAAUAUUUAUAUGAGUGUUGUGUGUUUUAUUUCCUUUGGUUACAGAGGGUUCAUUUUGUAGGUAUGAAUGCAGGUAUAUCUCUGAUUACAAGCUAUCUUGCCGAAUGGUCGGGACAUGAUGGGCAAGAAUGGCAUCAGGAGCCUGAUGUCGUGUGUGUGUGUUUUUUGACACAAGCUGAGGGUAGCUACUGUGGUGCAAACCCAGAAAAGUAAUGAAUAACCAUUGUGUGUGUGUGGGGGGCUUUGCUUGGUUCAUAAACAAUUUUACAUUUUGCACCUGUUUAUAGUCAUAAAUACAUUUUGUUUAUAAUGUGUGCAAAUUAUUAAUCUGUAUUGCUGUUGAAAGAAAACAUGAUUGAUCUAUAUUGCUGUUGAAAGAAAACAUUACUUGAAAAGGUUUGUUUAAUAAAUUUUAGUAAACCGUUGGCCUAUGUGGUAGAGAAGUGUAGACCCCAUAGGCUCCAAUUACUUGUGAGGAGGUAUGUAUUUAAAUCAUUAUCCAUCAGUGAUUUCUACAUCAGUAUGAUGCAGAAAUAAUGGUUGAUGAAAAUAUCUGAGAAUGUUAGAUCAGAUGACAGGAGAGUGUGAUUGAGUCGCUGCACUAUGUCUGUAUACUGGUUUGUGGGAAGUGUGAAUACAGCAAGUACCAGUACUGCAAUCUCAAACAUGUCUUAUUAUUUCACUAGGAGUGGAGGUCUCGGGAACAUAAUCUUCUUAUUCUUGUACUAUAUACCUGUACCUGUACUCUACUUAAACUUUAAGUUUGAUUUGUGUAGGUUGGGUAUUAUACAUGUACAUAAAUUAAGGGGUGCCUGUAAAUAAUAAAAAUUUACGAAGAAUGGGAUGAAACGCGGUUCGUUUUACUACAUAAGCUGACAGAUAAAUAAAUUUACAUUUUAUUUAAUUCUUCAAGGCAUGCUGUCUCUUUGUGUAUAUCAAAUUGAAAUUAAGUUGAUUGCAAUUAAACAAGUAAUAUGGAGAUUGGCAAGCAAGCCUAUGAUUAAAGAACAAGUGACUGGAAAUCCUCAAAAAUCGAGACAUGAACUGAUAGC